AGAACUUAGCUCGCUGUAACUGUAACAUUGAAUCUGAAUAAUAAAAAAAUGUUUCAGUGGAAACAUCCUGUUUCAUAAUCGCAGUGACUAGCUAUUCAACAAUCUAUUAAUGAAAUUACAAGAAACUCAUCUUUGUACCACGAACUCCCCAAACUAAACAAGAAUGGCUUUCUUAAUCCCAGAAAAUUUCAAAAAUUACAUGCGGAGGUUCGUGGGAGACGUUCUGUACGAUGUUGGACAUGAAGCGCUGUGUACCUUCACUUACCUGCCGUGGAUUGUUGGUGUCCUCAUUCUGUCAACAGGAUGGAUGUCGCCAUAUUGGCAGGUGGAGUCUGAGAAAGUCAGUGGUCUCUGGACAUGGCGAGAUAGUACAACAUGGGGCUUUGUUGUAUGGAACGCUUACAGGACAGAAACACAUUAUCCCUAUAUUGAUGUCAAAGCGGGUACUACGACUGUUGGCAGAUCUCAUACGGUGGGUGCAGGUGUAUGAAGGACUAGGGUUCCUACUGUCAUCAUUAUCUGUGAUAUCGUCAUUGACAGCAGUGUGUGUCACCGAGCAGAGUGUCAUCAAUUUUUACAAACUCCUUGCCAGUGCCUGCUCUAUGUUCGACGGUCCACUCAUUCUUGCUGGAUGCAUAGUCUUCUGGGUACAGCUUGAAGGAGGACACACGGGUCCCUCAUUCUGGCUUACUCUGAUUGCUGGAUUAUUGCAUGUCCCGAGGGGAAUGGUGGGAAUGAAUGUAGUCUGGAAAAUGUUGUCGCAGCAGAGAGAACAAGGGCUACAUGAAAACUGAGAGACCCUUCCGUUUAGUGAACAUUAUUUACAUCUGUAACGAUAUUUCUGACUCCGUAUGUUACAUUAUAGUUUAAAUAACUAUCAUUUUUCUUUUAGCUCAGCCUGGUUGUGCAUAGAUACUGCGUUGUGGUCAUAGCCGAAAAUUUAUUAAAAACUGUGGAAUUUUGCCAGAUGACAAGUUGCAGUUACUGGUACACUUCAGUUAUUUAAAGACGACCUGAUGACUGGAGCAAACAAAAUGCUUUCAGAGAAAACAGUUCGUCGUCUUGCUCGGACUGCUUGCUAAACCUUGUUUUGCUGUAGUCUGUAGAAAUGUAUUUAUAUUUAGUUCAGCUCGGCUCCUCUAUUUAACUGUUAGUAAGAAAUAUUGAACGAGUGCUAGGAGUAUAUUUUACGUGAAAAUAAUUAGCAGUUCUGUUUUACUAAUAAAAUGUUUACUAAACACUGAAUUUGAAGAGAAAAAAACUAUGUAUGAGCCCAA